UGAAAUGUUGAGAUCUUUGCUCACAGAGCAGCUCGAGUUUUGGUGCAAUGCCAUCCUGUUACACUCAGAAAUGGUCCCAUUUCCAACCCCCAGCAUUUCCACAUUUUUCCAAUUUUGAAUUUCCACAUGCCAUAUCCAAAACUUCAUCGCAGCAAAGAGCAGUUACCCAAAUUGCAAAAUGUCCACACACAAGGAAUUUCCAUGCGCUUUGGUGCAAUAUUUGGAUCUGUCAAUUUGCUGAAAGCAGCAACUAUCUUCACACUGCCACACGCUUCCCAGCUGCUAGCACCAGGAAUCUGAAUAGGGAGCCAGAUUCAGCCCUUGAGUACUGAAACUGCACGUGUAUUCACACAGGCUGGCACUGAUACACACAGCUCAGAUAAUGGCAUGUAUUCGUACAUGAACUAUGUGUGAUCUAGUGAUUAGAGAAGUGCCUUACUAGAAGUCAGGUCUUAUCCCACCACUCUGCCCACUGAGUUGCAGUGUAAUUUUGAGCAAGUUAUUUAACUGCCCCGUGCCUCAGUUUCCCUACAUGUAAAAUGGCUCUAAUGUCACCUACCUUAUGUGGUUUGCUUAAUUAAUACCUAUGAUUGCUGUGAGUUCCUUGAAUUAAAGUCUUCAUACACAUGCAGACCUUUACCAUCACUUUACAAUUCUACUAAUAAUGCAUAUUUACUGCCUUAAUAUCUAAGAGUUGGAUCUUCAACUGAUGUAAACUGGUGUAGCUCCAUCAACUUACACCUACUGAGGAUCUGGUCCAAAGAAACACUUCCGGUCUGUGGCACAUUUUGCAUGCAGUAGUGAAGAGUCCAUCUGUGACCUCCAGGUGUUUCGUGCAUUCUGUCUGUUGAUCAUUUAUUCUGUUUUUUCCCCUCUUUAUUUCAUCUGUCUGAAUGAACAACUUCAGGGAGAGAAAGUCCAAGAUCACAGCCUCGCGCAAACUCAUGUUGAAGAGUUUGAUGCUAGCCAAAGCCAAGGAAGCAUGGGAACAAGAUCAAGUGGACAAGCAAGGGGAAAAGGAGAGAUACCUGGCUGAGCGGAUCACACCGCUGCGGACCAGUGGGCUGUCCUUCAGCCAGCUGCAGGAUCUGUGCAGGGAGCUGCACGAGAAGGUAGAAAUCGUGGAUGAGGAGCGGUACGACAUCGAAGCCAAAUGCAUCCACAACACCAGAGAGAUCAAAAACUUGAAGCUGAAAGUGCUCGACCUGCGGGGGAAGUUCAAGCGCCCCCCACUGCGCCGUGUCCGCGUCUCCGCUGACGCCAUGCUGCGGGCCCUGCUCGGCUCCAAGCACAAAGUCUCCAUGGACCUGAGAGCCAACCUGAAAUCUGUCAAGAAGGAGGACACAGAGAAGGAGCGCCCUGUGGAAGUGGGCGACUGGCGUAAGAAUGUGGAGGCCAUGUCGGGCAUGGAAGGCAGGAAGAAGAUGUUUGAUGCUGCCAAAUCUCCAACAGGCCAGUGAAAGGUGCUGCCUGGAAGGACGAAGAGUCACCCUCUCCCACUGCCUGCAGCUUCGCCCCCAGCCGCCCCUUCAUGCUGCCCGGUUUGUGCCUCUUCCUGCAUUCGCUCUCGAGCCAGCGCAGUUGCGGAAAGCUCUUUGUGAAAGCUCAUCCAGUCUCUGUGUUAAAUCAGCCUCCUUCCUCCCCCUGGUUUCCAUGAGCCAUAGCCUCACGUGACGCAGCCAAUUAAUCGCCCCAACGUGGCACCCCAGCAGUGGGCUACCAUUGUCUCCUGUAGGUCCCGGCGCAUGGGACCAACCCAUUGGACUGCCACCGUGGUGCACCUGCAUGACGACCGAUCACCAUUGUGUCCUGAGGUGCUGAUCCCAUUAACUGGCAAGGGCGAGAGCCUUGCCAGCCACCCUGCAGGAGUCCCGUGCCCUGCGGAAAGGCAGUGCCCCGCCACACGCCAGUGGCUUCAUGUUGGUAAUGCCAUGGGGUCUUAGGCAUGCUUGUAACUUCGGGAUGCCGCUUGGGACUCCUGGUCUGUCCUUCCACAGACAGCCCAGGGAUGAACCCACUGGUCCUGCUCUCACCAUCCAGCUCUGAUAUGUACAGUACAUGGGGAGUAACUGCUGCGUCUCUGUGUUCAUUAAAAGACUGUUUAGGACAGA